AAAAUGAGUGUAUACCCAAUUACAUGCAACAUUUACUGUACAUCACUCCCUGCGCCUAAAUGGGAUGGUAUAGUCGUCAGGUUUUCGGAUUUGUGUAGUUGAAAAAAGCAAGUGGUUGCCAAACUUACGUUACACGUUACAACACGAGGGAUUGGAGAUAGCGAUCAUGAGUUUUUCAGGUCUCUUCCGAUGGUCCAACCAUCCCAACACACGUACGGUGGCGCCGGAACGUCAGCCGUCGCCGCCAACGGGUGACGACUUGGAAGGAACACUACAGAAACUACAGAAAUGCAGGCAUCCUAGUGAACACUUGAAGGCACUUGAAGACAGCUUCCAGCUUCAGUCCGAUGCUAUAGGACAGCUUUGUACAGAAAAGCAGCGUCUUGAGACGGAGAACUGCGAACUUCAGCGGCUUCUACACGACAUCAAGGAAUUUGUAGAGUGGAAAUGUCCCUGUCCACAGACAAAACCAUACCCUACAGUACCGCGACUUACCAACAGGGGGCGUUCGAGGAAAGAAACUCAUGAAAGUUUUGGCGAGUCCAACUGCCCUGUUGAUGGAGGGGAGCCCAGGGUUAGUGUUGAAACAUGGAGGGACUGGUUUGACUCAGUGACUCGGGAACAUAGAUCUCCUUGGUAUCAUCCUCAUCCACAGGCAGUACCACAACAGCAAGAACCACGCAAAAUAAUCUGCUACCUAAAAGCCGAAGGUCCAUUCCAUGGCUCGGAUGGACAGCUUCUGGCCAAGUUGAAUGAAAGACUAGGGAAGAAUAAUGUUGCUAUGGAAACCAGGCCAUGGCAACCGUCACCACGCAUCAUCUCUGAACCCACCCUUGUCUUCUGUCUCAACGCCUCACGGUUGGGCACAGAUGUGGACAAUGCCUUGAGGGGAACUGAAGGAAACAAUAUUGUUCUUAUCGUGAUGCAUCAUCGUCCUCCCCACAAUGCUCGGAUCUCCGUCCAAUCACGGUCUGUGCUCAGAGAAGGAAACACUAAACUUAUCGUUGAUGCUUUAUUCUUUGAGCGAGAGGGAAUGUACGACUGUGACGUGAACACUGAGGCUGUGAAAGACCUGGCUUCUUACCUGCAAGGCUGUUGAAUAUGAUGAAUAUGAAAAAAAGCACCACACUAGUAUGGUACAUUUUAUAAGGAAAAAAAAUGUAUACUAUCCAGUUUAGCCUUGGGAUUCAUUGGAUAAGCAGCUUAUCUUUCAUUGGUAGCGUGUCAUUCAUCCGUCAGUCAACAAGGACCGCUCUGUCACCAAUGUCAUGACAGAGUGUUAACAAGAAAGAUAUACACUAUCUACAGUAUGCACCAUUGCAUACAUGCACACCAUACCAUCCUCAAAUAACUGCAGCACUUUGUAAAUGCAACUUGGAUGGGUCACAACUCUCAACCUUCUGGUGCAGAAGUAGGCUGUACCAAAAAUGCUGCCACAUUAUGAGAAAGUUUCCUUUACAAUGAUCAUUAUUACAUAAAAUCUGUACAUCCCAUUAAAAUGUUCCAGAUGCAUGAGAUGAGUAUAUUGAAAAUAUUUUG